AACUUUAAUUUUAAAUUAAUAAUACAUAUGCAAUGUUUCUUGACAUAUAAAUAUAUUUAUAUAUAUACAAGUGUUUUGGAGUCUCAUGAUGAAAAGAGAGAUGGAAGCUAUGAUGUCAUUGAAGAAAAAAUCAGAGAUAAGAUCAGCCAUUGAAGAGCUUUCUAUGUCAUUAGCUAAUCUUAGAACAAGUACUACUACUCAUGAUGAUGAUGAUCAUAUUGAAGACAAAAUCCCCUUUCACCUUUUUAUUUCUCUCUGCAAUCUUCUUCUUCUUCUUCUUGAUAAAAUCGGUCCAACAAUGGCUGUCUUGAGACAAGAUAUUCAUCAGAAUAUUCAGAGACUGGAAAUGGUUCAUGAGACUGAUUCUUCAACAUAUUCCAAUUUGGUUGAGAUUUUGAAGAAAGAAGUUGCUCAAGGAAAUGCAAAGAAACCUAACAGCUGUACUAGAGCAUUGCUCUGGCUUACUAGAUCGUUGGAUUUUAGUGUGGAAUUAUUACAAAAGUACUCAACAUUUUGUGAUGAGAAUAUGAAUCAAAUAGUGGAGGAUGCUUACAACAUUACCUUGAAGCCAUGGCAUGGUUGGAUUUCCUCAACAGCCGUUAAAGUAGCGUUAAAAUUAGUGCCUGGUCACAAAACUUUCUUAAAGGCAGUAAUGGAAAUUAAUGAUGAAAACCCAGAAGACUCCCUUAGAGUCACACAGGAAUUGGACACUUUCGUUUCUCUACUUAAGCCGCUUUUACAACACAUUCAUUCUACCUUGAGAGCGCAUGGAGUGGAUCGACUCAAGUCUACCUAGCUAAUUAAUGUAUAGCACAAAGAAAAAAAAAACAAAAGUUUUUUGUUAUAUAUAUUUAUAUAUAAAGCAUAUAUACAUGCACCAUGAAAAUUCAAUUGAAAAGAAGAGAGAAUAUUAUUGUACUCUUUUCUCUACUGAUCGAAUAACCAAAAAUUACAUGUUAUCCGUUUAUUUAUUUUGGAAGACUACAAUGUAAAAUUUUGAUCAAUAAUAAAUUUCCUUCAUUUCAUGA